CUCUCUCAUCAAAUCACACGAUUUCAAAAGCUAGAACAAACCUUUCAAUAGUAACAUCUCUCUCUCAAAACUCCCACAAAAUGGCAGAAACAGCAAUAUCAACGCUAUUGAAACGCCAAAGAGACGAGCAAGAACAAGAAACCAAGCCCCGCGAAGAUUCAAAAAGACAAAAGGCUUCUUCAUCUUCUACCUCGUACAAUGAAGUUCAAUGUCUCUUAGAUAAUGUAGAAGCACAGAAUGAAGCAGACAGUGAACUAACUUCCCUAAUCACCACACUUCAGCAAGAAAUCUCAACCGAAGAGCAAAACGCUGCUGUUUUUGAGAAUCCUCCUCUCUCUUAUUCUUCUCGCUCCUCUUCGUCGUCUUCGUGCGUUCCAAAGGAAGAAGAAUACGAAAUCGACAAAGAGAAAGAGAGAGUGAUGAAGCAUCUUUUAGAAGCUUCCGACGACGAACUCGGGAUACCUAACACUAAAACUGAGAGGAGUAAUUAUGAGAUAGUUAACAGUGAGACUAAUCAGGAUUACAUAAAUGGGUUUAGUUUAUUAGAUGGGUUUGGUGAUGGGCUUUGGGAGCUUGAGGAUGAAGUUGCUAACUAUUAUACGUUGCUGCAGUCUCAACUGUUCAUGUAAAUGUCCAAAAGAGAAAAAUAGGGAAGCAUAAAAAGAGAUGUUGGGUAGAAAUAGAAAGGAAAUUAAAGAAGGAUAUAUGAUGAAGAAUAGAAAAAGAGAAGAGCUGAAUAUUUUCUUUUAUUUUUCA